CCCCGUCCUAUGUUUCAUCCAUUCCCACUGCGACGCCACGUCGCCCUGCCCUCCGCGCGCGCACCAUAAAACCGGACCCCCGCUCUGCUCGUCCCUCCCGUCUCCAGCUCUCUCCACUCCCCAAGCCCAAGUGCGGAGUGCCCAACAACUCCACCACCGCCGCUCCGCACCGCAGAUAGCAGCAAGCCAUGGACACGGACGACACUCACGAGCCUGCCUCCCCAACCUCCGCGUCGUCAUCUUCGUCGUCGUCGUCUGGCCCGUCGUCCUCCCAGGCCCCGAAGAAGCGGGCGCGCCAGGACGGGAGGCGGCACCCGACGUACCGCGGCGUGCGCAUGCGGAGCUGGGGCAAGUGGGUGUCCGAGAUCAGGGAGCCCCGCAAGAAGUCGCGCAUCUGGCUGGGCACGUUCGCCACCGCGGAGAUGGCGGCGCGCGCGCACGACGUGGCCGCGCUCGCCAUCAAGGGCCGCGGCGCGCACCUCAACUUCCCGGAGCAGGCGCACCUGCUCCCGCGCCCGGCCUCCGCGUCCCCCAAGGACGUGCAGGCCGCCGCCACGCUCGCCGCGGCCGCCGACUUCCCCGCUCCGCCGCCGCCGCCCUCCACCUCCCGCGGCGGCGCCAAUGCCAAGAGCCCUGAGAGCAGCAGCUCCGACGACGCCAGCCGCGAGCCGGCCCCGCAGGACGCCGGGCCGGACCCCGACGAGACGCUGUUCGACCUCCCGGACCUGCUCAUGGACCUUAGAUGCUGCGGCCCGUCCUCGUGGGCCGUCGACGACGACGUGGCCGGCGGCGGCGCGUUCCGCCUCAUCGAGGAGCCCCUGCUGUGGGAGUACUGACACUGAUCAAUGCCGCCAGCUCCGCCAGUUCUCGGAAGCAGUCGCCAGUCAUCAGCACCUCCUUCCACACGCAUCGCCGCUAUCGAGUAUUAGAAUCGAUCGGACUCGGACACAUGUAAAUGCCGCCGCUUUCGUUCUCUCCGUUUCCCUUUCUCUUCGUUUACUUGUUGCAACUUCUCUCUCCGGAAUUGCUCCGCUGUUCCGUUUCCCUUUGCUAGAUUUAGGAGCCGCGCCUGUACAAAGCUACUCCCUUUUCGCCUUCUCUUGCUUGAUUUGGGGGACAAGAAUAUGUAUAAUUAACGAGCAUCUUAUCUUCCAUCCA